CAUUCCGUGCGAGAAAAUGUCAGAAUUCCGUUAGUUUUUCCGGCACUUGAACGCAGCAGCUAACGUUAGCUCCUCCUGCAGUGCUAUGAGUUGAGCGAGACUGAAGUGCUGGGAAUGCAGCCAACGCUCCCACCUGAGGCGGUCAGAGAGCUGGUGUGCUCCUGUCUGCACAGAGACCCAGUAGCAGCAGACCUCCGCUGCAGCCUGUUUGUGGCUGCAGCACAGAACUACAAGAGGGACUCUUUGCUUAGACCCUUCCCUCCUAGAUACAUAAGCGGUGACAAUAAGGACUUUGAGGAGCUGUUGGCAGAUGUGAAGUCUUUGCCGGGUGUGAGAGAGUUGGUAAGACUACGACCCAGAGAGGGAGAUCAUCAUCUGGCUCUCACACACUGGAUUCUCUCUUCAAAGAGCUUUGCUGUGAAGACGCUGCAGAAAGAUGAGUACGCCAAACUUUGUAACCUGACGGAAAAUGAAGGGAUUCCUGCGCCUGUGCCAGACUUCCUGUUUGAGCUGGAGUACUGUGAUCAAAUGAAUGCCAGGUUUGAGAAGACAAGGGCAGGCAGAGACGUCUUCUAUGCAUUCCACGGCAGCCGCCUGGAGAACUUUCACUCUAUCAUUCACAAUGGGCUGCACUGUCACCUCAACAAGAACUCUGUGUUUGGAGAGGGGACCUACCUCACCAGUGACCUCAGCAUGGCUGUCCUCUACAGUCCUCACAGCAGCGGCUGGCGAGAAAGUCUCCUGGGUCCACUGCUCAGCUGUGUCGCCUUGUGUGAAGUCAUUGAUCACCCGGAUGUUAAGUGCCAGGUGAAGAAAAAAGAUUCUGAAAUUAUUGACCGUCAACGCUCGAGAGCAAAGAACAGCGAAGGAGGGGAAGUGCCGCUGAAGUACUUUGUAGUCACCAACAAUCAGCUUUUGCGAGUCAAGUACCUGCUUGUUUACUCUCAGCGGAGGCACCUGUCCAGACAUUCCCGCAGCACCUCCUGGCUCCUCAGACACCAUUUUGCUAUCAUGAUGAGUCUCUACCUUCUGCUGCUCAUAUUCAUCGGUGCCUUGAACUCCACCACUUUCGUAUCCUUUUGGAACAGACUGUUCAGGUGACAACAGGACAGACGGCCUGGAUGUUCAUUAUCCACAGUGCCUUCCUGAUCAGAGACUGACUGGAGGCCCGAGCAAAGAUAAAAGUUUUAUGCACCUUUUAUACUGUUUUCUCUCUACAAUCGUUAUUUUCUUUAUUUGUACAAAUAACUAUAAUUAUUGUUAUUCCAAGAUAACAUAUCUUUUCAAAUAGCAGCUAUUGGCAUCCUAUUGUGUAUUCAUUUUGUUAAAAUAGGUAAUAAGACCAUUCUGCAUCUUAAAAAUGUUAUGCAAUGUUCCAUCUGUAAUUUGUAUGGUUUAGUAAAGUUCUGUUUUGUAGAUAAGUUCUGUUGCUGUGUGGUUUUAGUCCUCUGAAAGGCACUGUCGUACUAACCAAAGGGGGGGGGGAGUAGACAAUGAAAAAUGAAAUAACUGCAAAGCAUGGAGUCAAACGUUAAGAUGUCUUUUUGUUAGGUCUUAAGUACUGAGGAUUUCUAGCACAUUAACAGAUUAUAUUUGACUUAUAAAUGUCCGUCUGUUAAUCAGGCACUAAUAUGACUAUAUUCCAAUUUAAAUGGUUACUUUCUCAUGGUGUGACUUAGUAUCACUCAGAUUUAGGGAAAAAUGGGAAGGGACCUUUUUAUAACUCAUGAUUUAGUUGUAACUUUAAGGUAUUGAAUAAAAUAAUUAGGCUUAAUGAAGAAAAAAUAUAUGAGGUGGCCACAGUGCUGACAUACUGUAUUUAUAAUGAUGAAUCCCAGAGAGGCCACUGACAACCUCAUUUAUUAUACAUAAAAUGAUUUUAUAUCCUUAUAGCGGUAAAGGAAGUACAUUGUAUAUCCUCUUAAAGGCAACAGGUUGAUCAAAUUUGUUACAAUUUUUGACACUAAUAAAAUUGUACUUUUGCUUUAAA